AUCCAAUAAAUCAAAACAAAAACAUUGACCUCUCUCUAUGUGUGUUUUCUGGUCUCGAUCGAAUCGAUCCCCUCCCUGUCAAUUCUACAUCGCUGUUUGAAGGAAAGGGUAUCAGAAAUGAUAGUAUUGAAUUUCACCUCCUCAAUUCCAUGUCUACCUCUCUUUCUUCACUCCAAGCAUUCCAUCAAAUCAUCCUUUCUCACAAUCAAUGCCCAACGAACCAGAACCUGUGAGCUCUUGGAUUUCCAUCAUGAGCUGAUUCCUUACGAAGUGGCAUGGUCUUUACAGAAAGACAUAGUCAGGGAAAAGAAGGCACAGAUUGAAAACGAAGGAGAUUGCUCUGAUACCCUUAUCAUUCUGCAACACCCUUCUGUCUAUACUUUGGGUUCAGGUAGUACCACCCAACAGAACCUCAAAUUUGACAUCGAAAACCCUCCUUUUCAUAUUCAUCGUACUGAACGUGGAGGAGAAGUGACAUACCAUGGCCCUGGCCAGUUAGUUAUGUACCCUAUCAUCAACCUCCGAAGGCACAAGAUGGAUCUUCAUUGGUACCUCAGGACCCUUGAGGAGGUUGUCAUUCGUGUCCUUUCUUCAACCUUUUCGAUUCAAGCUUCUCGAGUUGAAGGCUUAACUGGUGUUUGGGUUGGAAACCAGAAACUGGCAGCCUUAGGUAUAAGAGCAGCUAACUGGAUAACCUAUCAUGGCUUGGCCCUAAAUGUCACGACGGAUUUGACUCCAUUUAAAUGGAUCGUCCCAUGCGGAAUACGUGACCGUGAAGUUGGGAGCAUCAAGGGAUUACUGAGAGAAGCACAGUCAUGUAGUGCUAAUGGAACAGCUGAUUUGCAUCAUUUGGAUGAUGACAGUCUUAUUCAUAUUACUCAUAGGUCCUUGAUUGAACAGUUCUCACAAGCGUUUCAGCUUGAAUACCAUUGUAGAACUGCUUCUGUACCUGUGUUAUGUGAAAGUAAAGGAAGUUUCCUUACCAAAGAAACGCAGCAAACUUGAAUUUGUUCAAUU